GGCAGUGACUAGGAUGGUGGAAGUGGGGAUUGAACCUGGAGCCCUCAAGUUGCUGGCACGGCCGCUCUACCACCCGAGCUAUACCGCUGUUUUCACUGCUGGACUCUAGAAACCUCCAGGUUGUGUAACAGCUUCUUCCCUCAGGCCACAACAAUCAUUGCCAUUGAGUUUGAUGGCGGCGUCGUGCUGGGCUCGGACUCACGCGUGUCUGCAGGGGACGCAGUGGUGAACCCGGUGAUGAACAAGCUGUACCCUCUCCACCAAAAGAUCUACUGUGCUUUGUCGGGCUCGGCGGCGGACGCACAGGCCAUUGCUGAGCUGCUACGGCACCAGAUACGCCUUCACAGUGCAGAGAUCGGGGAGGAUCCCCGGGUCGGCGCCGCCGCCACCAUGGUGAAGAACUACUCGUAUCUCUACAGGGACGAGCUGUCGGCGCAUCUCAUCGUGGCAGGCUGGGACCGAAGAGACGGAGGGCAGGUGUUUUCCACCCUUAGCGGCGGCCUGGUACGACAGCCCUUUUUCGUGGGCGGCUCCGGCAGCUCGUACGUGUACGACUUUGUGGACGCAGAGUACCGAGAGGGUAUGGGCAGAGCCGCGUGCCAGAAGUUUGUGCUCAACACGCUCGCCCUCGCCAUGAACCGGGACGGCUCCAGCGGAGGCGUGGCCUAUUUGGUGACCAUCGACAAGCACGGCGCAAAGGAGAGUAUGGUUCUGGGAAAUAACUUGCCCGUCUUUUACAACGGGUGACCGAUGACCGCUUGGUUUGACUGCAGGCGUUUGUGGGCUCGCCUCAUCCUGUUGCGAAUAAUAAAAGCAUGUUUUAGAAUGCCA